AUGCUGGAGAUGCUGCUGCUGUGGUUGUUGUUGACGCCAGAGAGACUGACGCCUGUGCCGGUGCGCCUAAAGCUCUCCGGCCGAGGAAGUCCAGGCCGUGGCCCGCGUGCGGACACCGGCGUGACGCCUGGACGUGGCGGCCGCUGCGCUGUCGGCGUCAUGCCUUCCGCAGACCGUUGGCUGUUUGGUGUGGUGUUUCGCCUGGGCGUGGAAACACGUGAGGGGGUGGAGGCACGCAUCGGAGUUGUGGUGGGCGGACGCGGUGGCACGGCGCGCGCCGAAUUUAAUGCCGUGCGGCUCGAGUUUGUACGCUUGAAAUCCAUGCCUGGUAAGCGUACGGGAGUGGGUUAA